CUAAGUAAAACAGCCGAGGGUGAAACCCUCUACUCAGUGUAUAGUGUACUGGCCUGCGCCAAUUCAGAUGAAACAUUGAAAACAAGAAAGGUUUCCGUUGCCAUUCCCAAUAUAGCAGCGUUCACACGUCCUGAGAUGUAUGUACAAUUCCUCUAUCCUUCGUGACCCCAUCCUGAGUGGGGUAACAGGAAAUUAGUUUCCUAAAAUAACACAAUCUGUAUGUCAUUGUUGACAUACAGCUGCACCAAGAAGACACCGGCAGGAUGUAAAAUUCAAAACAAAAACCCUUACAGUGAAAUAUCACUGCUGACAGUCCUAACAUUGAAAGGAUAAUUUAGAUAAUUUUUCAAUUCUUCUGUCCUAUGUGACCCUAUCCUGAGUCGGAUGGCAGGAAAUUGGUAUCCUAACCUGAACUUCCUCAUCCUCUACAAACAGCUGCACCAAAAAGACCCCGGCACGAUGUAAGAUUAAAUUAUAUCUCGUUUGGACGCAAAUAUAUAUUUGAGGAAUAACUGACUCAAGUUAACCGCACUGCUUGGCGAUUCUUCUGAUCCGAAAGAGCGGUUCAAACCAAGGGGAGACCUUUGAAAAAUAUCGACAUUGCGAAUUGAACUCCUGUCGUCUGCCUGAACGUAAUUGAACCCUGCUGACAAGUCACACCAGUCGAAAACGACAAAUCGAUGUUAAAAAAAAGUGUUUGCAGAAGUCUCAAAAUUAGUAAUGGGUGGAGCUUCGAUCAUUAUUAACGUGCACUUCGUUUUACACAACAGCAAUAAAGACCAUUUGAACUGGGCGAGGGUCCAUUUCGUUUUUCGUGUAGCACGUAGCGUUAAAAAUAGAAUUUUUGCGGGAAAUUCAGCUCACUUACUAGGAAAGAUUGUCAAGCGCAUUUAAAAUGAGACAAAAGAAUCUGGGAAUUUUACAGAAGUUGUAAACACAUUAAGAAGGUAUUUGCGAAUAACGUCAGCUUCCCAGUGUAUCGGUGCAAAAUCAACAGGAGAGGAUGACAACAGGCAAGGAAAUAAAAGAAAAGAAAGCUGUCGAGAUCAAUGCAUAAAUUGGUCACAUACGUGCGGAAAGAUGCCUCUUGUUUGCCCAUCAAAAAUAAUCUUUUGGGUUGUCUACAACAUGAUUUUCACAGCAGCGUGCCAGAUAAAGCCUUGUACAGUGAGACAAUACCACUUUUCCAGAGAAAGGGACAGUGUGGAAAAUUACGCUCUCUGUGGUUACAGUUUUAGAAAUCUCACUGUUAGCAGCCACAAGAAUUGCUUUGAGCAUUGCGCAUGGGACUGUCGGUGCAUCUCUUUCAACUAUCUGAUAACUGCAAACAAGGACAACUGUCAACUGAAUGAUGGAAACAGACAUCUGAAUCCCAGGGCUUUGAAAAGAAGAGACGGGCACAGCUACCACGAGAUUGGAAUUGAUUAUAACGUUAAGCCAGGAACAAAAUGUACGCACUGUUACAAUGGUUGCUGUCACGGAAAUGAUCUCUGUUUAAACGGUGGAACAUGCCAAGAGCUCUGUGAAGCCAACAACAGAAGGUUUAGAUGCAAAUGCAUGCCAGGUUACUCAGGGAGGUUUUGCGACAAAGCUCGAGCUCAUCCAAGAAGCUGCGCAGAGAUUAAGAAACAAGGUGGCACAACAGAUGGAGUUUACAUGGUUGAUCCGGAUGGUAUGGGAGCCUUUCAAGUCUUUUGCCAACAGAAUAAUGUCGCGGAAGCCUGGGCCGUGAUUCAACGAAGACUGGACGGCUCGGUCGACUUUUACCGCGGCUGGGAAGACUACAAAAGAGGUUUUGGACACCUGAAUGGCACGUUUUGGCUCGGACUUGAAAAGAUUCACCGCCUGACCAAUAAGACAAACCAACACAAGUUGAGAGUAGAGCUGGAAAACUUCGCUGGCUCCUCGUGUUAUGCAGAAUAUGAUAACUUUACUGUGAAUGGUGAAGAUGACGGAUAUCGACUGGCACGUCUUGGAUUUUAUCAAGGUUCAUGUGUAGAUUCGCUCAAUUACAAUCGUGGUGCCGCCUUCUCCACCAAAGACAAAGACUCCGAUACCUAUGGGGCUGGUAACUGCGCUGUGGUUCAUCAAGGCGCUUGGUGGUAUAAAUCAUGCACACAAACCAAUCUUAACGGACUCUACAGCCCCACAGGUCACGAUAUUACAGGAAUAUACUGGUACAAGUCACUUAACAACAUAGUUCGUCUUAAAAGUGUUGAAAUGAAGCUAGAACUCGUGGUAUAACAAGAUAUUUGUAAUACCUCCAAAGGCGGUGAAUUCUGUUAGAAUCCUUCUUACUUCGUUGAUGGGCGGACCCCGCCCUUAACAGGGUUAAAACUAGACGAUAGAACUGUAGAUAUCCUUCGCUAUUGAGAAUCAGCUUCCGUGAAUAAAUCUUGUUUUAAUAAUUUGUAAUAAUUUGUAAUAAUCCGCGUAGAGGCAUAUCAUUGCAGCUAAAUAUUUAUCUCCGAGAGUCUGGUAAAGUUAGAAGCUAAACCUUGGGACCAGAAGUACUGAAGUAGAAGCAGAAGUAAAAGAGGGGCCAUUGUACAGGAAAAUAAAAUGGUAUAGAGUGUGUAGCUGA